AUGCUUCAAUCCAUGUAUCUCUUAAUAAGUAUCACUUGUCUUCUGUCAACUGUUUUCAUCAAUGGAUUACCACUAUUUUCUAACGAUGAUGCUCGAUACAAUCCAUGUGAAUUAAAUUCUUAUGCAUUUUUUUAUCCGCAUGGUACAGAUAUUCAUAAAUACUAUCAAUGUGAUGAAUUUGGUAACGCUUAUUUACGUUCUUGUGGUGAUCUUAUAUGGGACAGAAUUCACAUGACAUGCAGUUGGCCAUUUGCUGUAAUACGUUUUCCUUCACGGUUUAUGUCAACUUGGGAAACAAGUCGAUUACCUUCGACAAUACAACGGAGUUCCACUAUUCCUACACUAUCCUCUUUAUGUAAACCAAUUAAUCCAUGUGGCGCACAUGGUAAAUGUAUUGAGUCGUAUAAAUUAGCCUUAAAUUCAUAUCGAAGCUUUACAUGUGUCUGUUCAGACAACUGGUUUGGUCCAUUAUGUGAUAAAAAAAUUGAUGGUUUUACGACGCUAACAACAGUGAAAAUCACUCAAAUUCACAAGUUCUCUUCGACAAAAAACAAUAUUUUUUCACCUCUAUGGAUAACAAAAGAUCCAAAAAGCAUAUCUUAUCAUUUACAAGAAAGCAGUAUAAUUAAAGAACUUGAUCGACCCCAAAAAGCAAUCUAUUCAAAUAUCAAAACAGAUGCCGAAAUAUCAUAUAGUAUUGAAGAACCAAAUUCAACAAAUACUGAAGCAUUGUAUAACGUCGAAGAAGUAAAUCUAACAACCAGUGAAGCAACACUUAAUCCUGAAGAAUCAAAGCCAGAAAAUAAUGAAGCAUCAUUUAAUGUUGAAGAACUAAAUGUAGCAACAACUGAAGAACAAAAUCCAUUCCUUGACGAAGCAUCAUCUGACAUUCAAGAAUUAAAUGUAGCAAAUACUGAAGUAACACCUAAAACUGAAGAAGUGACUACAGCAUAUGGUGAAGCAUCAUCCACAACUGAAGAACCGAAUCCAGAAAAUACUGAGGCAACAUCUAAAGCUGAAGAACCAAAUUCAGAUAAUAUUGAAACAACACCCACUGCUGAAGAAUCAAAUCUGAUAAAUACUGAAGCAACCCUUAAUUCUGAAGAAUCAAAUCCAUUCCUUGACGAAGCAUCAUCUGACGUUCAAGAAUUAAAUGUAGCAAAUACUGAAGUAACACCUAGAACUGAAGAAGUGACUACAGGAUAUGGUGAAGCAUCAUCCACCACUGAACAAUCGAAUUCAGAAAAUACUGAGGCAACAUCUAAAGCUGAAGAACCAAAUUCUAAUAAUAUUGAAACAACAUCCACUGCUGAAGAAUCAAAUCUGAUAAAUACUGAAGCAACACUUAAUCCUGAAGAAUCAAAUCCAGUAUAUGGCGAAGCAUUAUCUGAUGUCGAAGAAAUAAAUUUAGUAACAACUGAAGCAGCACCUAGAACUGAAGAACCAAAUCCAACAUAUCAUGAAGCAUUAUCUGAUGUUGAAGAAUUAAAUGUAGAAAGUACCGAAACAUCACCCACAACUGAAGAACCGAAUCCAGAAAAUACUGAGGCAACAUCUACAGCGGAAGAACCAAAUUCAGAUAAUAUUGAAACAACACUCACUGCUGAAGAAUCAAAGUCGGAAAUUACUCAAGCAACAUCUUAUGUUGAUGAAUCAAGUUCGGUGAAUACUGAGGCAUCAUUUAAUUUUGAAGAACUCAGCAUAGCAAGUACUGGAGCAGCACUUAAUCCUGAAGAAUCAAAUCCAUUCCUUGACGAAGCAUCAUCUGACGUUCAAGAAUUAAAUGUAGCAAAUACUGAAGUAACACCUAAAACUGAAGAAGUGACUACAGCAUAUGGUGAAGCAUCAUCCACAACUGAACAAUCGAAUUCAGAAAAUACUGAGGCAACAUCUAAAGCUGAAGAACCAAAUUCUGAUAAUAGUGAAACAACACCCACGGCUGAAGAAU